CGACUCUUUCCUCACGGCACCCAGAAGACGGCUGACAGCUUGGCUCUGGCUGCCGACUGUCUCGUUGAGGGAGGUGAGAAGCAUCUCUUCACCCCGAUGUACCUCAUGGUUGGGCGUAAGCCGGAGUAAUCUUCCAUGGGGUGGGAUGUUGUUUUCUCCUUUUUCCUCCUUUUUUUUAUUUUGUGAGCGACAUAAAAAUCAAGACGCGAUGAAAGAAAAAAUACUCGCCGGUCUUGUUAUUUUCGCUUCAUUUUUCUUAUGUAAUACAGAUUUUCCUUUGUUGCCUCCUUUUUUUCCUUUGUCAUCCUGCAUGCCAUGUCGGCGUGAUGUAUGUUUCGACUGUAUUUUUUUAUUUGGCCAUCAUGUCUUUGCUCCUCGGAGCAUCUCAAACGAGUCACUGGAGAAAUAUGGAGCUGAUGAUAUUGACUUUUCUUCGACUGCUACAUCUUAACCAUGAUAGAUAUUUUAAUUGAUUAUUAGAAUGAAACUGGCUAAAGUGAAGUAGAGAGAAGCUGGGUUCACAUCGAUUUGGUAUAUUUGUAUAUCUGUUGUGCAUCCCGAAUGGUUUAUAUGCUAUUAAGUAUAAGCCGUUGUGCGAUGAAUAUGUGCAG